AUGUCUGCAAUGAGUGCCAACGGACCCGGUGAGCUGCUGCGGAUUCCACUGGGUCUCGUCAACGGCGGUGGGAAGUAUCUGACGGCGGAGGCGUUCGGCUUCAAAAUCAACGCGUCCGCCUCUAGCCUGAAGAAGAAGCAGACCUGGACGUUGGAGCAGACCGGCGAGGACGGAAGCGCCGUCUUCCUCCUCUCCCACCUGGGCCGCUAUCUGGCCACGGACAAAGAUGGGAACGUCACGGCGGAAUGCGAGACGCGCAGCAAGGACUGCAGGUUCGUUAUCACCGCGCACGAGGACGGGCGGUGGUCGUUGAUGUCCGAGCCCCAUGGGCGCUACCUUGGCGGCAGCGAGGAUCGAAUCACUUGUUUUGCACAGGCGGCCACGCCGACGGAGAAAUGGAGCAUGCACCUGGCCGUGCACCCGCAGGUCAACCUCUACAGUAUCGCGCGCAAGCGCUACGCCCAUCUGAGCGUCAAAGGGGAGCGUGGAGAAGUGGCAAUAGACCGGGACGUCCCCUGGGGGGUCGACUCGCUCAUUACACUGGUUUACCGGGACCAGCGCUACCAUCUCGAGACCUCUGAUAAUCGUUUUCUCCGAAACGAUGGCACUCUGUCCAAUAACACUGAUAAGGACACCGGGUACAUGUUGGAAUUCCGCUCUGGCAAAGUGGCCUUCCGUGACUGCAGCGGCCGGUAUCUGGUGCCGCUGGGUCCCACGGGCACAAUGAAGUCCGGGAAGGGAACCCGGGCUGCCAAAGAUGAAUUGUUUGGGCUGGAACGCAGCCACGCACAGGUCGUUUUGACCGCAGGCAACGAGAGAAAUGUCUCCACAAGACAAGGGAUGGACCUGUCGGCCAAUCAGGACGAGGAAGGGGACCAAGAGGUGUUCCAGGUGGAAAUGACUCCCGAGGACAGGAAAUGUGCUUUCCGCACUGCCGCUGGGAAGUACUGGACCCUCACACCCUCUGGCGGGCUCCAAUGCACCGCCACCACCAAGUCUGCAGACACCUAUUUUGAAUUGGAGUGGUGUGACGGGCGUGUGUGCAUGCGUGCUGCCAAUGGGAAGUACGUGAUGGCCAAGAAAAAUGGACAACUUGCCGCCACUGUUGAGAACACAGGGGAGGCCGAGCUGUUCCUCAUGAAGCUGAUCAACCGGCCAAUCAUUGUGCUCCGUGGAGAGCAUGGUUUCAUUGGUUGCCGUAAGGCGGGCAUGGCAACGCUGGAUUCCAACCGCGCCUCUUACGAUGUCUUCCAGCUUGAGUUUCACAACGGCGCCUACUCGCUCAAAGACUCCCAGGGGAAGUACUGGAGCGUCGGCGAUGACAAGGCAGUGAGCAGUAACAGCCCCACCCCUGUCCAGUUCCUCUUAGAGUUCUGCGAUCUGAACAAGAUGGCCAUCCGGGCCCCAGGGGGGAAGUACCUCAAAGGAGACCACGCUGGAGGGCUCAAGGCCAAUGCUGACUCAAUAGACAGCGCCACCUUGUGGGAAUACUGAAGGAUCUGACUUUAGCACAAUGUAAUCUCACAAUGGGUUGGUUCAUGCUAAUGUUUUUGUGUAUUUUAUUGUAUUCAUUGGCAUCCCUUCCCCUUUGGAUUUUGACUGGAAAUCUGCAUUUACAUUUACAAGUCUUAGUGUAAGGGCUUGAAUCAUCACACGUCGAAUGGGAAGUAUAAUUCCUGGUCAUAUGUGUAGACCCUAUUAACAUUUUAGGAGAAUGGUAUAAGUAGUCAUUAACAUGAAUCUCUUGCUACCGUAUUAACCUAAGUGUAAACAAAUACAUAUCACGUUGCAUCUAUGUGCUGUAAAUAAUGCCUUCUUUGCCUCAAGCACAAAAACAAAAUCUUUAUAACUGGGAAAAUGUUAAGUGCACAAUUACGCUAAGCUUGGUAUAGGAAACCAAAUGUGAUGGGCUUGCAGACAGGCAGGUGACAUAAAUCAAUAGGCCUGUACAUUAUUUUGCAUUGCUGCUACAGAGUGAAACAUACAGUGAGGGGAACCAGACUUGUUUUGUGUGUUUGCAGUACACAUCUUAUAUGAAGCACAUCCCGCACAAGAAAACUUGCAACACAGAAACAAGUCGACUGUAUUUGCUGUCGCAUGGAGGUUGUGCCUUGCAUUGAAUUGAAUGUUUUUCAAAUCCAUGUUGUUAUCAUGUGUAUUUUCUAUAUAUUCUCCCAUGUGAAACGCCCUCAAUGAAGCUUCGACAAUAAAGUGUUCUCUUGUCAAGUGAA